CACCCCACUCAUCCGUGGGCAGCCAAAGUUCCCCCCCGGAAUCGAAAUCCCGUUCCCGCUCACGGCUCAUCGAAAUAAGAAAAUGAAAUGACAAACAACCCCUCAAACCCUUCACUACCCUAUUCCAACUUUCCGACUCCCUUUCCCUCCUCUUUCGUCACUCCCACCUCCGGCAGCUGAAGUAUCGAUCUGAGCUCUCUAGCGACGACGAGAAAACAGACCACAAAGAACCAUUUUCGAGUGCUCAGUUGCUCACUUUCGUCCCUGCAAUUAAGGUUGCAUACUUUGCUGGAAUGGUGGGAUUAUCUAUUGGAGAGAAGCAUUUCAUACAAGGUGGCAUUGCCCAAGACAUCCGCACUGAUGGCCGAAAAAGACUAACCUAUAGACCAAUAUCUGUUGAAACUGGAGUCAUUCCUCAGGCAAAUGGUUCAGCAAGGGUUAGGAUGGGGGCAACAGAUGUUAUUGCCAGUGUAAAGGCUGAACUUGGAAAACCAACUCCUCUCCAACCUGACAAAGGAAAAGUUGCUAUAUAUGUUGACUGCAGUCCCGUAGCAGCCCCCAUGUUUGAGCGUAGAGGAGGUGAAGAGUUAGCAACAGAACUUUCAGUUGCACUACAGAAAUGUUUAUUGGGGGGUAAAAGUGGAGCAGGGGCUGGUAUUGAUCUCUCAUCUUUGAUGGUUAUCGAAGGGAAGAUAUGCUGGGACCUCUACAUUGAUUGUCUUGUCAUUAGUUCGGAUGGGAAUUUGCUGGAUACAUUAGGUGCUGCCAUCAAGGCUGCCUUGAGCAAUACAGGCGUUCCAAAAGUCCAUGUUGCCAUGGGCCCUUCUGGUGACGAGCAACCAGAGGUUGACAUAAGUGAUGAGGAAUUUUUACAGUUUGACACCACUGGAGUACCAGUUAUUGUAACUUUAACAAAGAUUGGUAGACACUACAUUGUAGAUGCAACCUCAGAAGAAGAAUCACAAAUGAGCUCGGCUGUCUCUAUUUCUGUUAAUAGACAUGGACACAUAUGUGGUCUUACCAAACGAGGGGGUUCGGGCUUAGACCCAAGUGUCAUUCUUGACAUGGUAUCUGUAGCAAAACACGUAAGUGAGCAACUAAUAAACAAAUUGGAUUCUGAGAUUGCUGCUGCAGAAGCUUAUGAGGUUGAGUCAUGAAGUUAUUAAAAUAUCUUAUUUGAUUGUAAUUUAUAUAGCUAAAUGAGACUAACACAUAUAGAAAGUAUGGCUUUGUUAUUAUAUUUUUCUUUCUUAGGCGACUAAUGUUGUGAUAUUAUUUUCCUUCUGAUGAAAAGGAGGGCUAACCUAAACUUAAGUGGAAA